AUUUUAAAUAUUAUUGUGAUCAUUCAAAAGAUGAUACCAAAAAACAUUAUCUAGACAAAUAUGUUAUUUGGUUAGAAUUUCAAAAGGCAGAAAAAAAAAGACUUGAAAUGAUCAAAUCCAAAAAACCAUUUGUUAUUAAUCCAGGAUACGAACAUCCAGAGUCCAGAUAUUUUAGUAGAUUAUUAGACUCUAUGUUAGAAUCUAUAUCUAUUAUUAAUUCAUCAAUAUUAGGUAUUUAA